GCCCAGUGAGCAAAGAAGUAGGCAGCAACCGCUGGCUGGCUUUCGGAGGAGGUGGAGGAGGAGGGGGCCAAGCCAAAAAAGCUUUCCUUAUCCCUCCCAAUCCCAAUCCCCAAUCCCCAAUCCCUCGCUUUCGGAAUCAGGGACUAGAGGCUUGGAGUAGGUCGUCCCAGGGAGAUGGCCGCUCAAUUGAUCCGCGAAUGGGUCGGGAUCCAGCAAUUCCCGGUCGCCACCCAGGCCAAAUUGCUCGACUUGCUCAGCAAACUCAAGCAAGAGAACGUGAGGUCCUUGACGAUUCUUGUCAUGGGGAAAGGAGGGGUUGGAAAGUCGUCCACCGUUAAUUCCGUAGUUGGCGAAAGAGUCGUCGCCGUUAGUGCUUUCCAGUCGGAGGGGCCAAGACCCAUAAUGAUUUCACGCUCGAGGGCUGGGUUUACAUUGAACAUCAUCGACACUCCUGGGCUCAUUGAAGGAGGAUACGUCAACGAUCAAACCCUUGAAAUCAUAAAACGCUUCCUUUUGGACAGAACGAUAGAUGUCCUCCUCUAUGUGGACCGUUUGGAUUCUUACAGGGUGGACAACUUGGACAAGCAGGUCAUUAAAGCUAUCACUGAUAGCUUUGGUAAAGAAAUUUGGCGCAAAGCACUGAUUGUUCUUACGCAUGCCCAACUCUCUCCACCAGAUGGUUUGGAAUAUGAUUUAUUCUUCUCUAAAAGAUCAGAGGCUCUUAUGAAGAUUGUUAAGUUGGGCGCCCGGAUUAAGAAGCAAGAGUCAUGGGGGUCUUCCAUUCCUGUUGUUUUGGUUGAGAACAGUGGGAGAUGCAACAAAAAUGAGAAUGAUGAAAAGAUACUUCCAGAUGGAACUGCUUGGAUUCCUAACCUCGUGAAAACAAUCACAGACGUUGCCUUAAAUGGAAGCAAGGGUAUAUUGGUGGACAAGAAAUUGAUUGAAGGGCCGAAUCCCAAUAGAAGAUGGAAAGAGUUUAUCCCUUUGAUUUUUGCGUUCCAAUAUUUAUUCAUCAUCAAGCCAAUUCAAGCAGCAAUCAAGAGUGAUAUUGCAAAAGAGGCUAAACCAUCAUGGGAGUUGAGGGAUGUAGGAGGAGCCUCUCGGAAGUUCUAAAAUAGAUCAUAGAUCCUUGCACGAUGAUAUUUCUUGACAUUUCAAUGGCAAGACCAUACUUUGUACUACUUAGCAGACGGCCUUUUCUUUUGGUUGUAAUUGGCGGAUGGAACUCUUACUUUUGACUUUGAGGAGGAUGAGACGUGUGCCUAAAUAUUGUUGCAAAUCCACUGCAGGUUUUGGACUUGAUA